UCCCACGCUGUUUCUGUUGCAUAAAAUCUGGUUCUAUGUCACCCUUUCACUUUUCCUUUCCAUUGUUUAGGAAAAUUAAGUUUUCCAAUGAAUGAUCGCCGAGAAAAUUCAACAAAAUUGAAUGGCUGAUUAUCAUAAGCUCACUGAUACUCUGCUCUUUGAGUCUCAGUCCCCGUCCGGAAGUAGGUUGAAUGAAGAUGGGUACGGAGAGUUGCAAAACACUUCCGUUUUUGAUGAUACCAUUGUGCUUGAUAGUCCAUUAAAUGAAAACCAAACCCAGUUGGAGAAUGUUUGCUUUGACACUGAAGUAGUGGAUGAUGAUGAUCUAGGUAAUAUGGAGGAUGUGAAAGCUGGACAGUUACUGUGUGAGUUUGAUAUGGAAGUUGUUCUUGACAGUGAGGAUGAAGGAGUUCGUAAAACCAAGUCUGAAAGUUUUGUUGACGGUAAGAUCACCGGAAGAUUGGAAGAGAAAGAAGUAGACCUACCAAAGAGGGAGAGACAAACCCAAAGUUUAGAUGCUGAUGCAGUUGAUAAACAAUUUGGUGCAGGGAAGAAAGGGUUUUCUGUCAAUACUGAUAGGAGUCAUGGGAAAAAAGAUGUGACUCGGUUGUCUGUAUGUGAUCAUGAGACUGGAAGGCUGGAGUAUGUCUGUUCUCAAGAACCUGAAGAGUCAUCCCAAGCUAAUGCACUUUGCUUUGUGGAUAACUUCUUGACCUUCAAUGAUGCGGAUAUGUGUCAAAGAGUUGAAGAGAGAACAGGUGCACGGAAGAAAUCACCUCUUGUCUCGACUGCAAAGGGAACUCAACGUUUGGCUAGGAUAAUCAAUCGGGGAUCUCCAGUCAAAGAAAUGGUAACCUUUGAAUGGUUUGAGAGCGAUCAGCAUGGAGAGACUGAUUCCUUUAGCAGGAGGAUGACAGCAUCUUCUGAAUUUGGGGACUUCAGGCAGAGGACUGAUAAACGGCAUCAAAAUCUCCACAGUAAAAAGGAAAGAGGCUUAAGCAACGAUCAUGAAGAGAAGAAAGAGUCUGUAAACCUCGACAAGGACAUUAGAUGUCCAAGUCAUUCACAUUCAAGUUUCAUGGAGCAGGGUUCGAAAGUGAGUACCAAGAUAGAACAAGAAUCUGAAAGGAAUCUCAUAAAUGGAUCCGUCAAGGAGUUGGAUAACCUCAUGCGGAAAGAAUCACCAUGGGAGAAGGUUGAAGCCAGUGGUACUGCAGGAGACAUACCAGACAUGUUUGAUGUCGGAAUUGGUACUCAAAUAGCUGCAGAAGCGAUGGAGGCUUUGUUUUAUGGUCCCCCUAUUGGUUGCAAAGCUGGUGAUAUAUGUGAAGGUCCAGAAGAUUUCCACACAGACUUUCCUGAAGACAAAACAAAGAGUAGAACUGAUUUGGAGCAGCAUUCCCUUCAAAAACCUGCUGCCUCUGAGUUAGGAGACAAAGCAAAACAGUCAAUUCGAAGAAAGCGUUCUACUAGAAGAUAUAGUAAAGAAGUUUUUAAUUCAUCUUGGAACUGUAAUUAUCAGGUGUUGCAUCACACUAUAAAACCAAAACCAUGUAAGAGCAAGCAAUCAGAGGCACAUGCUGUGAGCAGCAACAACCUAAAAAAGUGUGUGAGUUGUGUGAGUCCAUCAAUUCCAGAUGAGCAAACCUUGUUCAGGAAACAACUGUCACGGAAGGAACCUGUUAUUGAUCAAACUAGGCACUGGGAUGGAGCUAGCAUGAAAGGGACCAAGGACCAACCAGCUAAACAUAGAGUAAUGACCAAUAAUGUUAAGGAGGGCAGAAUGCUUAUAUAUAAGAGGAAGAGGAAACGUGUGGUUGCUGAUCCACCUAAAUUGUUGAAUGGCAAGCAGAAAUGCUCCACGUUGCAUUCUAAUACCUCUGCUCAAGCUUUAGAUGGCAAACUGAGUGAACAAGAAAAAAUUAGUACACAAGAAGCUGCAAUAGCCAGAUUUUUAAGAUUAAUUCCCAAAGGAAAAAGAACACGCCGUAAAGUGCCAGUCCAUUAUGGUGGAGCGAGUAACAUGCUUGCUUCACUCACUAGUGUUGGUACAGAAGAACACAACCUGCAUUCUGUCAGAAGUCAGAAAAUGCCAGAAGAUGAUGAAACCACUUUUAAUAACUUCAACAUGAAGGGGAAAAAGUGUUCUGCCAUCUCUCUACUUUCUUUAGAACAUAAUUCUGAUGAAAGUUUAUCAAGACGGAAUUGUAAUGAACAAAUUGCAGGUAUUGUUACAAACAGUGAUUCUGCAGUCACAAGCACUAGAAUAUCUGCUUCAAACUUGGAUAGAUCCAAGACUGUCCAAACUGGCAAGCUAGAUUAUAUGGAUUCUACAUUGGUUAUCAAUGGCUCAGAGAACUAUAGUUUUGGAAUAUUGCAGAAAAAGAGUGUUGAAUCCUCUGGUACUGAAUGUAAUACUAGAGUUAGUUGUAGAGAAAGUGUGAAUGAGACAUCAUUCAACAAUAUGCCUUACGUAUAUCAUAGAAGACAUUGCAACAAAAACCUACCAAAACCAUCAAUUUUGAAAGAGCUUAAUGGAUUAGGUGUUCCUGACUCAAUAUCUGAUUUUACACGGAAAGGUUUCAGAACACGAAGAGAAGUGGCCUUUGUUCGAGUCUUGUUUAGCCAGCAUUUGGGUGAUGACAUAAUCAAGCAGCAGAAAAAGAUCUCUGCACGGCUGGGUAUUUCUAUCACAUCAUGUUCCAUGGAUGCCACACAUUUUAUAGCAGACGAAUUUGUGCGUACAAAAAACAUGUUGGAAGCCAUUGCUCUUGGCAAACCAGUGGUGACGCAUCUAUGGCUUGAUAGCUGUGGACAAGCAAGUUGCUUACUUGACGAGAAAAAUUACAUGCUGAGGGACUCCAAAAAGGAAAAGGAAAUUGGCUUUAGCAUGCCUGUUUCAUUGGCUCGUGCAAGACAGUAUCCACUCCUAAAGGGUAGAAGAGUCUGUAUCACCCAAAAUGUUAAACCUAAUAAAGAGAUGAUCACCAGCUUGGUCAGAGCAGUUGGAGGUGAGGUAGUGGGGACUAGUCAGAAAUUGGCAGCAAAAGAUCAAAAGAUUCCAGAUGAUCUCUUGAUUCUUUCUUGUGAAGAAGAUCUAGCAAUCUGUGGACCCUUACUUGAUAAAGGAGCAGCAGUCUAUAGUUCAGAGCUUCUGCUGAGCGGGAUUGUCAUCCAAAAAUUGGAAUAUGAGAGGGCCAUCAUUAUGCUCUUUGCUUAGCGUAGCAUUUCAAUUCAUUGUCACGUGAGGAAGAUUAUCCAAAUUCUCCCAAAUGCAAGUCAUACGAGCUUCUAAUUUGGAGCCAGUAACAAGGCACUUCAGAAGUGCAGCGAUAACAGUUUCCCAGGAAAAAAUUGACCUGCUGAUAAUAGUAUAAUCAUCUUGCAACUCUCCUUUACGUGUCUGUAGACGGUAUAAGGACCCUUGAGAGAAUUGUGAAGACCAGUUAGCAGAGACUGACUAAUACUCCGUGAAUCAAUCAUGGAAAAGAAAUUGGAAGAAAAAUUGCAGAAUCCUUAGGCAUCGGAUUUUCCCCUGUUUUGGUAUCAUAUUUCUAUUGUCUGACAGAAAAUGAAGAAAGCGUAUUGUUUUCUUCUUCUAAUGCUGCA